CAAAAAUGGCAGCUGUCAGAAAAGCACUCUUAUUUGGUUCAGUUAUUUCUUAUACCUUCCGUGAACUAUUCGUCUGAAAAACUGCUGGGUACAAGCAGUGUGACAAUGGAACUUGAAGAGGUAGACAGUGUUCCAAGUUUGCUUGGAGAUGAGGAGGAGACUGUUGAGAGGUUUGACAAAGAUGACGUGGAGUAUGCUGAUGCUGAACAACAGCUAGAACAGUUCAGGACACAGUGGAAGGAAGAAAUCCAGGGGAACAGUGUUGGCAAGUCUGCAGCUGGACAGGAAGCGAUGGAUAAAGAGAAAGAAGCAGCAGCCCUAUUUCUGAUGGGUUCCAAAUUGGAGCAGGAAGGAGCCCUGUAUGAAGCUGUUAACUACUACAGGCGUGCCAUGCAGCUGGUGCCAGAUAUUGAGUCAAGAGUCAGUUUUCAGUCCAGGGGUCAAAGAGAAAGACAGGAAAGUGAGAGCUCGGUAGAUAGUUACGAUGGUGAGGAUGAAGCAGAGAAACUUGCAACACGGUUUCAACAGGUUCAGAUCAACGAGAACAGGCUCUGUCAUCCGGAGUACCCACAGAGGACCUGUCAUAUUUCUGCUUUGCCAGUUGAGUUGCUCAUCUACAUCUUCAAGUGGGUGAUCUCCAGUCAGCUUGAUAUGAAAUCCCUCGAACACAUUGCACUGGUGUGCCGGGGGUUCUACCUAUGUGCCCGUGACGAGGAGCUGUGGAAAUUGGCCUGUGUCAAGACAUGGGGAGGUAACCUUGGAAAAGUGAAGCGCUUUGGGUCAUACAGAAACAUGUACCUUGAGAGACCCCAUCUGCAGUUUGUUGGAUGCUACAUCAGUAAAAUGUCAUACCUACGACAAGGGGAGAAAAGUUUGGACGGCUUCUACAGCCCCUGGCAUCAGAUCGAGUACUACAGAUAUAUUCGCUUCUUCUCUGAGGGCCGCAUGUUUAUGGUUUCCACUGCGGAAGAUCCCUACGUGACCCUACCUCAGAUGAAGUAUAAAACGUCCCGUUUACCUGGCAUGAUGAAGGGUGUUUACAAGCUCUUAGGAAACAGGGUGACAGGAGUGUUAAAGCGUGUGCAAGCUCCCGACUCGACAAUCGGCUACAAGUACAAGCGAAACAAAAACCAGAAAAGCAACGAAAUACAGUACACCUACUAUGUGGAGCUUGAAAUCCAAAGCAGUGGAAAGAAGAAUGGCAAUAAACUGGUCUGGCUUAACUACUCGGUCCGCAUUGUGAACAAGAACAGGAAUGAAGACACCGAAUCCAAGUUUGGGCUUACAAAUCAGACUUAUCCGCCAUUAGUGUUUUCCCGAGUGAAGAGCUUCGCACAGGCAGCUUUUGGGCCCUUGAUUUGAGGGGGG